UGUGUAACAUGGCGUCCAACGAGAGUAGCAAUUUUCAGAAAGUUUUGGAGUUCAAAAUUUAUAAAUGCUCCAGCUUUUCUGCAUUUUAUGUGCCAGAAAAUAUCCUUGUAGAUAAACCAUCUGAUCAGACGUCACGUUGGGCUUCUGAUAUUGACACUCACCCACAGUUUCUCAUAUUAAAAUUACGAUUUCCCUCGAUCGUGACAACAAUUACAUUUGGUAAAUAUGAGAAAACGCAUGUGUGUAAUAUAAAAAAGUUCAAGGUAUAUGGAGGUUUAGAACCAGAAAACAUGAUGGAGCUUUUGGAGAAUGGGUUAAAAAAUGACUCAGUGCCAGAAACUUUUGAUUUACAACAUGUACUUGGAAAUGAGGAAAAUUAUUUUCCAGUUAGAUAUAUAAAGAUUCUUCCAUUACAAUCCUGGGGACCUAGUUUUAAUUUUUCUAUUUGGCAUGUACGAUUAACUGGGACUGAUGAUCCUAAAAUUGUGAAGCCUAGUAUUGAAUGGCUCAAUGCGUAUCGUCAGAAAGAACUAGUAAGGCUGUGUAUGAAACACUUCAGAAAACUUGAACAACCAGAAAUUGUGGAAGCUUUGCAAAGAGUUACAGGUGUUCCACUUGAACAUCCUAGAUUGACAGAAUUAUACGAUGUAUUAGUUAGAAAGGGUGAUCAUUUGCAAGCUGAAUGCUUUAUCAGCAAUGCUGUAACAAUGGGACUUUUUAAUGACUAUAUCAAUGCUCAGGCUUACAGAGCAGUCUGGACUAAACUAUCGUGCAAUGAUAUUAAGCCUGGAAUGAGAGGUGGCCACCAAAUGGUACUUGAUCCAUCCGCGGAAUAUCUUUAUCUUUUUGGAGGAUGGGAUGGACAUCAAGACCUUGCGGAUCUGUGGGCAUAUAAUAUAGCUACGAAAAAGUGGUCCAUCAUAUGUUACGACACCGGAAUUGUGGGUGGCCCAAGUGCAAGAUCUUGUCACAAAAUGUGCCUUGAUCCAGAACGCAGACAACUGUUUACAUUUGGUAAAUACCUGGACGUCGAAUUUAGAACGCCGGGAACUUUAAAAAGUGAUUUUUUUGUAUAUGAUAUUGAAUCAGAUAAAUGGACACAGAUAUCAGAAGAUACAGAAGCUGUAGGAGGUCCUCAAUUAAUUUUCGAUCAUCAAAUGUCUAUGGAUGUUGAGAAACGAACCAUUUACAUCUUCGGCGGUCGCGUUAUCGUUUCGUCAAUGAAUUCCGAUGAAACCGGUACGGUAUCAAGUUCAAUCGAGCCAAUUUUUUCUGGGCUAUACUCGUAUCACGUACCGACUGGUACUUGGAAUAGACUUGCCUGCGACAUUGCAAGACCAUGUCCUUCUAAUGCAUUAACUAUUAGAUCCAGAGCCGGUCAUUCUAUGCUAUUCCAUUCUGGGACGCGAAAAUUAUAUAUUUUUGCGGGUCAAAGAGGAAAAGAAGAUCUCACCGAUUUUUUCACAUACGAUGUCGAUACAAAUCAGAUCGAACACAUCUUCGACGAUUUUGGUGCAAAAGAUUCGAAUCACGUUCCGGCAGCUGGUUUUACGCAAAGAGUUACAAUCGAUCCUGAAUUGGGAGAAAUAUAUGUUUUAUCGAGCUUAAGUAAAGAUAAAGGUAAAAGAUUUGAUAGCGUUCAGAAUUCUCUCUGGAUGUUCAAUAUUAAGAAUAACAAAUGGUCAUGUAUUUAUCAAAAUGACAAUGUUGGAGAAGACUAUUGGAAAAAAAUGCAAGAUUACGAACCGCGUCCACGAUUUGCACAUCAAUUAGUUUAUGAUCACAUAAAAAAGGUUCACUUUUUAUUUGGAGGAAACCCCGGAAGACCUUGGUUUCCGAAUCUAAGACUCGAUGAUUUCUGGCAAUUAAAAUUAUGCAGACCAUCUCAUGAAGAAGUUCUAAACAGAUGCAAACUACUUAUUAGGAAGCACAAGUUCAAAGAGCUAGCUUUCAAUAAUAGCGUCGUAGCACUUGAAUACCUACAGACUAAAGUAUCGGAAAUUAUCGAUCAUAACGAUGUGGGGCAAACAAGAGAGUUUCAAUUGUUAACAUCUCUUCUAUUCAGAGAACAAACCUCUUUACUAGGAGAAGCUACAAACUAUUCAAAUAGUUCAGGCACCAUAUUAGGAAAUUUAGUUAACACGGAUACGACGACGCGCGAUAUUCAUACUUCGAGAAUCGAAUUAUACGAUAAACUGACCGAAUUUUUUCCCGAAUCAUCGACGCAACCCCGUGCUAAUUUAAUCGAUCUUUUACCGUUGUGA